AUGCUCCUGCAGAUCGAAUCCGCGUUAUUCAACAGCGAUAUUUUUGAAGAUGAUGUGCCGUGUUUUUUGUGUCGUGUUGGUUCUGGCACUACUGUGCUGCUGCUCGUGCGUGUUUGCCGCGAAGGUAGAGGAGGAGCAAGAGCCGCAGGUGAUGCAGUGUGUGCGGGUGACGGUAAUGUUGCGCGUUGGCAACUCCCUGGGAAUUCAUUGUGGUACGACUGCACGGAUUCAUCUACUGUUGUGGGACAAAUAAUUUGUGGCAUGGGCGUCGGAAACUGUGCGUCCGAGGUUUCACAGAGUCGCACCAAAGAUGGUGUGAAGGAUGCUGUCAUCACGAUCAACGUUGAUACGCCCACUCCAGACAUCCUGGAGAAUUGGUGGGAGCGUAACGUGGAGCCGAAGGCGGCCACCGUUGCAAUUGUUCCGGCAAAACCUCCGGAAGCAGAACCUCCGGGCUCUGGAGAACACAAGGAUUCUCGUGAAACAUCUUCUAGACCGGAUUGUGAAUCUUCUCCUGCUGUCGUUGAGAAUUCCACGGAUGUCCCUCCUUCUUCUCUACCUGCAACUCCAGGCGGCGCUGGUGCUAACUCUGUUGCUGGCGCUGCGGCCACGACGGAUCCUUCUGCUGCAGCCUUGGGAGCACUGGAUUUCGCCCCCGCUGGUGAACUUCAAGGCCCUGCACAUUCUGCCUCUGCUGCUUCUUCUCCUGCACCCGAAUCUCUACCAGAUCCAAAGCCCACAGAAGGCGGCGGCCACUCCUCCCAUGACCAUCCAGUGGAGCUGCAGGAAGAGACUGCUGCGCCACCGACUCAGUUGUCCCAGACCGGCGAGGACGGGGGUGCAGCGGGAGGCGCCGAAGAGGACACCGCCGCCAACACCACCGGCACUGUUUCCGGCGAAGGAAAUGCUACGGCGGCAAGCAUGCCGGCUCCCCUUUCCUCUGCGCCCACAACGAACGCUCUGGAGAACAGUGUGGGAACUGACGCCUGCUUCCAUGGCACCCAUCUGCAUGCCCUGCCACCGCUUGUUCUGGCUGCGCUCACCUACGGGACACUGAACUGA